AUGGCUGGGAACGAGUUUGCCCGUGCAGAUGCCAUAGCAGAUUGUGUCCUCGCCGCCUUUGAUGCUCUGCCAGCACAUCGGAAGCCACGACUUCCUUCUUCAGGCCUCAAGGCAGGCCGUAGAGAAUGGGUUCCACUCGCAGGCAUUGUCCUUGAGAACGGC